CUUCACUCCGCAGACUCGCUGCUUUGUUACUCCCGUCGAGCAGGAGGUCAGUCAGUCCGAGCAGCAGCCCGCUCACAGCGCACACAGGACCCGCACCGGACCCGCACCGGACCCGCACCGACCGCACUUCUCUCCGCAGUUUUAGCGCAGAACACAGCCGGCAUCAUGGGGAAAGGCUGCAUGACAGCAACCAAGUACUUCCUGUUCCUCUUCAACCUCAUCUUCUUUCUGUGCGGCGCCGUCAUCAUGGGCUUUGGACUGUGGCUCCUCCUGGACAAUCAGAGCUUCAUCGUGGUCCUCAAUAACUCCACAGCUGUAAAGGUCGCCUGCUACAUCCUGAUCGGAGUCGGAGCUUUCUCCAUGCUCAUGGGCUUCCUCGGCUGCCUGGGGGCCAUUUAUGAGAUCCGCUGUCUGCUCGGCCUGUACUUCACCUGCCUCCUGCUCAUCCUCAUCGCUCAGAUAGCAGCCGGCGCCCUCAUCUACUUCCAGAAGGAAGUGCUAAACGAGGAGAUGUCCAAGAUCGUCACCAAAGUGCUGGACGGCUACCCCGGCAACAACUCGACCACAGAGCAGGCCUGGGACUUCAUCCAGAGGAAUAUGGAGUGCUGUGGCUGGACCGGCCGUCUGGACUGGAACGGUAACAUGGUCAUCGUCAACAGCUCCCAGCUGCUGUUUCCCUGCUCCUGCCAGAACAUCUCGCUCGCCUCCGGAAACUUCUCCGACAGCGGAUUCUGCGAGGCCCAGACGCCCGACUGGCCCGUAUACGAUGUGGGCUGCGCUGCCAGCGUGGAGAGUUGGCUCCUCACCAACAUCGGGGUCGUCCUGGGGAUCUGCCUCGGAGUGGCUCUGAUCGAGCUGCUGGGGAUGAUCUUGUCCAUCUGCCUGUGCAGGAACAUUCACACUGAGGAUUACACCAAAGUGCCAAAGUACUGAAGCCACACGGUGGAACCGCAGAAACACAAAGAGCGAGAAGGAAAACAGCGGAAGAACGCGUUUUCUUCCACCGCGUGUUUGGUGAAACGUUUGUCCAAAUGUAAAAUAACGUGUGUUUGCUUUAUAUUUUGUUAGAUUCUUCUUCUUCUUCUUGUGAGGCACCUCCGUCUUUUUUUCUCAGUCCAGUUUCUUUGGAGCACUUUAGAGACUUUUGGGUCCCGUCGGCAGAACGAGUUCGGAAAGUAAGAAAUGACGGAUGAGGAGUGAAAAGUGAAAUUUGAGGUACGAGCGUCGCCGCUUCCUCCGCGAGCCGUCGCUUCCUGGUUUUAGGAGUGUGUGUGUGUGAUGACAGAAGCUAAGUGACACCUGAUUGGACAACUGGAGAAUCCAGCGAGUGUGGUGUGUUUUUUACAUUUUCUUUUAUACACCAGCGUUUUGCGUUAUUGUGAAAUGUUUUUAGUACCUUGUAUAUAAUUUCAGUCGUUAUUUGUGUGAAUCUGAAUCCAAAAAAUACUGCAGUGUUUUCUUUAGCAGCUGUCGGUCUUCACGGUUCCUUCUUUCAUUUGUUCUGGUAAUAAUAGAAAUAAUGAGGUACUAAAGAGGAACAUUUCUGAUACUUGUUUUCUAAAAGUAUCGCUCCCAGUUUACAACUGUCUGUGAUGACAAGCAGAAACAGGACUUUUAUUAAAGGAAGCUUUAAGUUCAAGCACAAGCGAAGAUUUUAGCCACUUUAACAACGAGUGUUUGAGGAGUGAAACGCUUCUUUAACCACGUUUGAACGAUGGGAACUUAAAUUAUGAGGAAAAGGGGAAAGAGAUUAUUUUGGAGCAGAAGAAAUAUUUUUGGGGGAGAUCCUUCUUGGUAUUUAAAUUUGUUUAUACAGAAAAAUCAUUUUGAAAUCCAUUUAUGUACAAUUUUAACUUUCAGCCAAGAUGUUGUUGUUUUUAUAAUGUAAAGAUCCACCUUCCUGUUUUCUUUUCGUGUACAGUCUGUAUGAAAAACAUUCCAUUAACCUUUGUAAUAGUUUCUAGAUGGACUUCUGGUAGCUAGCUGGAUUAGUAAGUGUGUACUCACAACAUUCAUUAUAUUUCAUUUUGCCAAUAAACUGAUUAUAAUA